AUGGGGGAAGGAGGAGGAAGAAGAAGAGGAACAUCAAAGCUGAGAGAAGCAGCAAGGAAGGUGGCUGUGGCAGCAGCAUAUGCAUGUGGGUCAUUCUCUAGAAGAAAAGCUAUGGUGGAUCCAGUUUCCAUUGACAACUCUUGUAGUCUAUCUGCUACUAUCUCAAAUUCCUCAUUUGUGUCUCCAUCAACAAUAAAAAAUUCCUCAGGGGAGAAUUCGUGUGCAAUAUGUUUAGAUCCUCUUAGUUACCAAAGCAAGGGCAGCAGUCCAGGUCAAGCUAUAUUCACUGCCCAGUGCUCUCAUGCAUUCCAUUUUGCCUGCAUAUCUUCCAAUGUCCGUCAUGGUAGUGUUACUUGCCCCAUUUGCCGUGCCCAUUGGACCCAGCUCCCUCGCAACCUGAACAACAACCUGUGUGGUUCUUUCACUUCUAGUAACCACAGUGAUCCCAUUCUGCGAAUACUUGAUGAUUCUAUUGCUACAUUCCGUGUUCAUCGCCGUUCUCUUCUGCGCACUGCACGCUAUGAUGAUGAUGAUCCUGUUGAGCCUGAUGAAACAAAUGACAGUCCCAAGUUGUGUUUCUCUCUUGUACCUAUUCCACCAAAUGCACCUGCUAGUUUCCAUCCAGCUUUGCAAGUGACUAGGCAUGCCUCAUGUUCUUGUCAUCUAUCCCCUCAUCCUUUUACUUCCUCAUCACUGUUACAAUCCCCACCUUUGCAAACACCUUAUAUCAUGUGCCCCUCUUCUAAUAGAGCGUAUCUUUCAGUAAAACUGACCCAUGAAAGAGCAAUUGACUUGGUCUUAGUUGCUAGUCCCAAUGGACCACACCUAAGGCUUCUCAAACAAUCAAUGGCUCUUGUAGUUUUCUCCCUCAGACCCAUUGAUCGUUUGGCCAUUGUUACAUAUUCCUCAGCCGCGGCUCGUGUCUUCCCCUUAAGACGCAUGACAUCCUAUGGAAAACGCACUGCACUUCAAGUUAUUGACCGCUUGUUUUACAUGGGGCAAGCUGAUCCAGUUGAAGGGUUGAAGAAAGGAAUUAAGAUAAUUGAAGAUCGUAUGCACAAGAACCCUGAGUCCUGUAUCCUGCACUUAUCAGAUAAUCCUACAAGACCAUACCAUGCUAUAAGCAUGGAACUGCCAUCUACACCAAUUCACAGAUUUCAUGUGGGAUUCGGCUUUGGUACUUCUAGUGGUUUUGUCAUACAAGAGUUUGAGGAGUUCUUGGCCAAGAUGUUGGGAGGCAUUGUUAGGGAAAUCCAACUGAGAAUUUGUGGGGCUGGGGAGGAAGUUGGCAGUGGAAGAGUCAUAAGAAUUGGAGAGAUAAGAGGUGGAGAAGAAAGAAGAAUUCUAUUAGACCUGUGUGACUGCACUCAUGUGUAUGUAGAAUUUAGCUACAUUGAAGGUGAAAUUGAUGAGUGUGUUAGAAGGACAGGGGAAACUGUUGUAGGUGUUGGAGAACAUAAAGGUGAUGAUGAUGAUGAUGAUGAUGAUGUUACAGAAGCUGCUGAGGAGACAGGAAGGGAUAUGAACACAGGUGGUAGGACUAGCAGUGUUGAAAGCUGGGAUUUUCAUGACCCUUACAUGGCUAGAAGAUGGGCCAAGCACUUGCAUGGUUAUAGACUUUGAAAUUGCAACUAUAAAUUUAGACCAAUGAAUUCAUGUGAGGCUAUUAUGUUCAUGGCCAUCCCCACCUUUAGUCUUCAUUUUUUAGUUAGACCUGCAAUCUUAUACAACUGCAGAAGAUACACAAUACAAAAGAUUAUUUCUUCACACACCACAAAAAAAAAAAAAAAAAGGGUCAUAGUGAAGGUUUAAUUUGGUUUAAUCUUAGCAUC